GGCGUCCGGCGCUGCCCGGUGUGGCUGUGGCGCCGCCCGCCUCGGACGCUUGCUACCGUCGCCUCUCUGCCUUCUGUCGCCCGUCGCCCGCCGCUCUCCGUCCGCCUCCAGCAGCCAUGAGCGCGCCCGGCCCCGGUGUAGUCUGCCGUCCUCUAGAUUAGUGCUCUCCACCGGGUCCAUCCGCAGCAUGGAGUCGCCGGCUGCGAGCCCGCCGGCCAGCUUGCCCCAGACCAAAGGAAAAUCCAAAAGGAAAAAAGAUUUACGGAUAAUCUGUGUGUCCAAGCCACCUGUGCCCAACCCCACACCUCCCCGGAACCUGGACUCCCGCACCUUCAUCACUAUUGGAGACAGAAACUUUGAGGUGGAAGCUGAUGACUUGGUGACCAUCUCAGAGCUGGGCCGCGGAGCCUAUGGGGUGGUGGAGAAGGUGCGACAUGCUCAGAGUGGCACCAUCAUGGCUGUGAAGCGUAUCCGGGCCACUGUGAACUCCCAGGAGCAGAAACGGCUGCUUAUGGACCUAGACAUCAACAUGCGCACGGUCGACUGCUUCUACACUGUCACCUUCUAUGGUGCCCUGUUCAGAGAGGGGGAUGUGUGGAUCUGCAUGGAGCUCAUGGACACGUCCCUGGACAAGUUCUACAGGAAGGUGCUGGAGAAGAACUUGACAAUUCCCGAGGACAUCCUGGGCGAGAUUGCUGUGUCUAUCGUGCGGGCCUUGGAGCACCUGCACAGCAAGCUGUCUGUGAUCCACAGAGACGUGAAGCCGUCCAAUGUCCUCAUCAACAAGGAGGGGCAUGUGAAGAUGUGCGACUUUGGCAUCAGUGGCUACCUGGUGGACUCUCUGGCAAAGACAAUGGAUGCUGGCUGCAAGCCUUACAUGGCUCCGGAGAGGAUCAACCCUGAGCUGAAUCAGAAGGGCUAUAAUGUCAAGUCUGACGUCUGGAGCCUCGGCAUCACCAUGAUCGAGAUGGCCAUUCUGAGAUUCCCUUACGAGUCUUGGGGGACACCGUUCCAGCAGCUGAAGCAGGUGGUGGAGGAACCGUCCCCACAGCUCCCAGCUGACAAGUUCUCCCCCGAGUUUGUGGACUUCACUGGCCAGUGCCUAAGGAAGAACCCUGCGGAGCGCAUGAGCUACCUGGAGCUGAUGGAACACCCUUUUUUCACCUUGCACAAAACCAAGAAGACAGACAUUGCUGCCUUUGUGAAGGAGAUCCUGGGAGAGGAUUCCUAGGGGUCUGGCCUGGGACCCCACUGGUCUUCCGUCAUCCUCUUCUCCU